AUGGUCCGGCGGCGACGCCGGCGAGCCCCUCCGCGCAGGUGUCCUGGUUCGUCAGCGCGGCGCUCAGCCACGUCCGCACGUCGGCGUCCGCCGCCGAAGGCCCCCUCCGGCCGGCAGCGAUGGCGGCGAGGGAGCGGCGGAGCUGGUCGACGGAGUCUUCCAUCAGCUCCAUGCAGUCCUCGUACGCCGCCCGUUCGAGCUUCUCCAUCUGCAGGUUGGCGAUGGCGGCGGCGCGGUAGAACGCCCUGCCGACGUGCCGCAGCGUCACGUUCACGGCGACGUGGACGAGCUCGUUCUGGGGGACGGCCAUGGCGCCGGGGAAGUUGACGAGGGAGGAGAUGCAGAGUGCCGGGUAGCGGGUCAUGGCGCAGGUUCUCGAGAUGGCCUCGCUGGGCUUGGUAAGCUCCUCGCUCCUCGAGCGUCUGGCAGCGAGGAGGAUUCCCAGGGAGGCGGCCCCGCCGCCGACGAGUAG